AUGUGUACAUUUGAAAGGCAUCUGACACGGAUGAAGUGCGGGCGCUUGGGAGUUUGCACGACCAUUCCUCCAGUAACAGGUAUCAACGCUAGAGCCCUUCAGAGGAUGAUUGUGACGUCCGCUGGAGAAAUUAGACCCGGGGCCUUGCCAAGAGGUCGCAUCUUGGAGGUGGAAAGUACUGAUAAUCAGAUUACAGCCAUCAUAGAGCCUAGUACUAGUGGUAUUAAUCUAGAAUCUUUUGCUGCUGCGUGUCUGUUUCAUGAAGACACCAUAGACGUUAGCUAUCUCUACAAAAUACUCCUUCAAGUGAUGCUCUUCUUAGAGCACUAUAAGCUUGGUGGUUGGCUUCAACGCUAUCCUCUUACCAUUACUUUUCUCCCAACAUCCUUGUACUUUGAAAACAACGGCUCUUUGGCCUUUUCUCUUUGUGACUCUAUUUAUUUUUCACUAAACCCGUCUCUCUUUACAAAACUUCCAGCAGCUGAUCCACUUUUGCUCCAAAAAGACCACAAGCCUACUAGAACCAGUUUUAGCUCUGCACUUUAUAGUAUUGGUAUUCUGAUGUUGGAGCUAUAUGCCAUCAAUACGCAAAUACACCGCAGACACUGUACUGAAGCCUAUAGUCUGGCAUCUUCGUCGUUGGUAGCUCUUUUAACCCGCUUUGUUGCCCCGUCUCCAUCGAAUAGAAUUACCUCUCACGAGUUUAACACUUCUCCAUAUAUUCUCCAGGCCUUUGAGGUGCUUCACGGAGAGUAUCGUAUUCUUGACGCAGUAGGCUCGACUCCGCUCAUUGUAGCCGCCGCCGUCAAUGACUUGCCCAUGAUUCAAAGAAACUUAGCGCAGCGCAAACAGAAGAAUUUUCUUGGGUAUACCGCCCUAGCAACAGCUGUAAUUCAUCAUCACAUCGAACCCCUACAUAUUCUUGCCUCCGCUGAGGGUGGUGAGCAAAUGGCUUGUGGGGAAACGGCACUUAUCAUUGCAUGCAAAGAAGGCUUUAUGGAAGCAAUUCCAAUCCUGGCACCGGCUGAGGCAGGUCAAUCCGAUUACUUUGGCGAGACAGCGCUGAUGAUCGCAGCAGCAAAUAAUUGGGUCUUUGCUGUGCAACUCCUGAUGGCCAAGGAGUGCUCACUGAUAACACGUGGACAUCAUAGGUGCGGAUCAGGAUUCACCGCCCUGAUGGCUGCCGGCCAGGCAAAUGCAAAGGCAGCAUUUGAGCUGCUUCUUCCUAAAGAAUACCACCUAUCGCAACCUCCAUCUUCACAAUUCCCCCAUGGGAAAACCGUGAGACAGUGGUGUGAAGAGUUUCAGGCCACAGAUUGUCUUCUGUGCUUAGAUAAAUAUGAAGAGAGGAGCUAA